GACCGGCCGCACCUCAGAGGCCAGUAUGGGGGGGCAACAGAUGGAGGCUGGCGGCGAUGAAGAAGCCGCCGGGGAGGCCCUUCAGAGGAAGAGAAGGAGGACCCGGGCCGCAGACUAGUCUGCCUAGUCCUCUGAUGUCGACAAAGGGCAUGGUGAGCCCCGGUCUCUGGCCUUGAUGGCCCGAUUGGAUAAAGAGCUCUUCCAAGCUUUCUGCGCCGACUUGAAUGAGGUCGGCCGGAUCAGCCCGGAAUGGUUCACCCGGCUCGUCAAAUCCAAAGACAAAGAGACGGCCCGAGUGGAGGGCAUGAUGGUGGCCUGCCGGAAGGGGGCCAAAGCCGCCCAUCAGAAAGCAGAGAAGGCUGAAGAGAAGUUGAUGGAGCACUGUGCUGCUUACCAGAAGCUAUAUGCCAAACACGAUGGGCUGCUGAAGGCCCCCAAAGAGGCCGAUGCCCAAGCUCAAGAGAAGAUCCAAGAGCUUAGAGGGAGAAGGCCGCCCAGCUGAAGGAAGAGGCCGCCCGAUCCGCUAAAGAAAUCGCCCAUCUGAAA